AUGGCACCCACCGAGCCCAAGCCAUCAGACAACCCGUCACCAGCUGCCAACGGUGACAAGAAGGCCGACAGUUCAAUCAAGACCGAAGGCGCAAGUAAUGCUGAGCCUGGCCAACCGCUGGCUCCCCCUCCUAAGCCCGGCGAGAACGGCGGCGACUACUUUUCCAGCAAACUCAGCCUCGAACCCAAUCCCUUUGAGGAGUCAUUCGGAAACGGAGGCACUGUCGAAACACCCGGCGGAACCAAGUUGCCCAGCGUGGCGGCCUUAACGUCACCGUCGUCCUUGCUACCUGGUAACGGGAACACCCCGUUCAACUGGGGUGGCGGGUCUCUUAGGACGGGACCACUCAGCCCAGCAAUGCUUUCAGGACCGGCCAACGACUACUUUGGCGACACGUCUCACACCCUUCGCGGAGGCUUCACACCGAAUGAGAGUUCCCUCCGGACGGGUUUGACUCCUGGCGGCAGUGGAUCCAUGUUCCCUGCCCCGAGUCCCAACUCACAGGCACUCUUCAACUCACUAGCAAGCGGCGGUGCCACUCCGGGUACUCUGGACUUCCAGCGCACCGCUCUUAACGCCGCGGCCAAGGCCAAUCGUAGCCAGAGCCAGCAGCCUGUUACCUCCCAACCCCAGGAAGCCGCCAACGGCGUCGCCAUCAAGGCCGAGGCAAAGCCGGUCUCGGGCGCCUUCGAUCCCCACGAUAACGACGCGGCGAACGGGCUGUUCAUGCUGGCACAAGGAGCUCAGCAAAGUCAACAGAGGAACGGCGCUGCACCUGCCAAUCAACAAUACCCUGUUGGUGGCAACCAGCCUGUGCAUGCGCACCCCGCCCCGGCCAACCCUGCCAAUACUUCACCUCAAAUGAACGGGAACGGCUCGUCUGCUGGUGCUCCGUCUGUCCGAGGAGUCAGUGAAGCCGCUAGCGGCGCAUCAGAAGAUAUGGAACAGGCCCGUCCGGCCCGAGCAAAGGGCAAGCGAGGCUCUACCGGUGCUGCUUCUAAUGGCCGACGGAAGGCCGACGAAGCCCCAGCCAAACAACCCCCGAGCAAGAAGGCUAAGACGGCAGUUGCUGCGCCACCCUCCUUCAACGGAGAUGAGGACCACACCUCGGAUGAGGACGACAAGGACGAGGACGAGGAUGGCAAGCCGAAAUCUAAGAUGACAGACGAGGAGAAGCGCAAGAACUUUUUGGAACGCAAUCGUGUUGCCGCCCUGAAAUGUCGCCAACGCAAGAAGCAGUGGCUUGCCAAUUUGCAAAAUAAAGUUGAAAUAUUUAGCAGUGAGAACGAUGCUUUGACAGCUCAGAUCUCGCAACUUCGAGAGGAGGUCGUCAACUUGAAGACGUUACUACUCGCACACAAGGAUUGCCCCGUCACUCAACAGCAAGGCCUACAUGGUGCAUUUAUGCAACAAGCUAUGGAAACAUAUAAUCCUCAGAUGAACCCGUACGGAAUGGCUGCUCCGCCCAUGGGAAACCAGCCAGUGAUGGCAGGCCAAGCGCCCCGACGUUAUUCGUAG